CGUCCUAUUCAGUAGUACCAUAAAGCAUUUAACUGUUGGUCCAUUUCUUUUCACAGAGAAGAAACAAAAGAACAAGUUAUCAAACGAUUGCACCUUCCUGCCUUAUUUCUUAAAAUAUGAACGAAAACCAGAACAUCUACGUCCGAGACGGGCGCUCGACGUCGUGAGUGAAUGAUUGCAUCCCGAAUGCGUUGCAUCGGAGGGAUAGAUGGGAUUCGGUCGCAGCCUCGAAUGGAAUCCUAACACCAACGAUCGAUUCGAUUCGAUCCGCCGCCUCACAUUCUUCUGCCCACGUCUUGUCUUCUCUUGUCUUGUCUUGUCUUGUCUUGUCUUGUCUUGUGCCUACCGCUGCAUUGCUUGUGGUUUGAUUUGCCGAAACCUUUCUCAGCCGGGUCUUGAACCGCCCGGGUGGAACCUGCCAGAUAUCCCUCGGGGGAUACACCGAAGCAGAGCUCGAGCGGAUGAAGAAGCUGCGGGAGGAACGCGAGGCGGCCAAGAAGACCGGCGUCGAGAACGAGAAGAAGGCCGUUACGAACGAGCGACCYUGCUCYKGGCCCGCGGAAACAAACSAUCCCYCGCCCCCUUCUCUGGAGAAGACCGCUUCGGUCSCGGAMRGAGCGACCAAGGAAGGACCCUCCGGUGCMAGCGUYCCCCCUUCGGCACAGAGGACCACUCGGAUUUCCAGCAAUGCCUUUGCGUCUUCCAGCACCACCAAUUCCUUCAACGUUCUCACCGAUCGCCCGACGUCGAAGGUGUCGAAUCCUCCGGGAGGGCGCACCAGUUUUACUCUGGGAUGAACGAAAUCGAAGCCGGGAGAGGACACGGAAGGCAUGUGCGUCGCGCACAGAGUACGUACAGUACUACAAAAGAGRCGACUCGACGAAGGAUGCGCCGUGCGCCAACGAAAAAAGGAUAGGACUACUGUAAGGAUGUUCGAAACAAAUCGUUUUGGAAAGGGGAAAACGACUAUUUGUCACAAUAAAGGAUUCGCAAAUCG